AUGGCUAUCCUCGAGAUGGCAAAUCCCCUGAUCUGCCGAGAACUAACCAAAUACCUCUCGAAUACCGUCGUAUCGGCAUCCUCUCCACAAUCGGCAUGGACCGAAGAUAAGAUGCUUUUUUCCCGUCUUGGGUUGACACGCCUCUUUUCAAGCUCAAGCCUGUCCAAGUCGUAUCAAGACGAAAGAUUCCCUGCAAUGCUCAUCGGCAAUGCAACAAGGGUUCAGCUCUUCAGGCCUGCGACGUACUGGCACAUGGUCCGUCCCUUCUUUACCACCGGAGGAUCAGCAUACGUCUCCAGUGGCAAACAGACCACCCGUUUUGUUGGAAGCUGA